AAAAUUACCUUUUAUGGACAUCGCGUCGAGUCCCGCUAGCGUGGAUAAAGCCACUGCGGUUUAGCUCGCGCUGCCGCAUCCACGGAGCACACCUGGGGCAGAGACACAUCCACGAGACUUCCCUGACAGACACACCCGACACUCACCUGCACAGACAUGGAAGACGACAUCUCUGCCCUCGUUGUUGACAACGGCUCCGGCAUGUGCAAAGCCGGUUUCGCCGGAGACGAUGCCCCCCGUGCUGUCUUCCCCUCCAUCGUCGGUCGCCCCAGACACCAGGGUGUGAUGGUGGGAAUGGGACAGAAGGACAGCUACGUGGGAGACGAGGCCCAGAGCAAGAGAGGCAUCCUGACCCUGAAGUACCCCAUCGAGCACGGCAUCGUCACCAACUGGGACGACAUGGAGAAGAUCUGGCAUCACACCUUCUACAACGAGCUCCGUGUUGCACCUGAGGAGCAUCCAGUCCUGCUGACUGAGGCUCCACUCAACCCCAAGGCCAACAGGGAGAAGAUGACACAGAUCAUGUUCGAGACCUUCAACACUCCUGCCAUGUAUGUGGCCAUCCAGGCCGUCCUGUCACUGUACGCCUCCGGUCGUACCACAGGUAUUGUGAUGGACUCUGGUGAUGGUGUCAGCCACACUGUGCCCAUCUAUGAGGGUUACGCUCUGCCUCACGCCAUCCUCCGUCUGGAUCUGGCUGGCAGAGAUUUGACUGACUAUCUGAUGAAGAUCCUCACUGAGAGAGGCUACAGCUUCACCACCACUGCCGAGCGUGAGAUUGUGCGUGACAUCAAGGAGAAGCUGUGCUACGUGGCUCUGGAUUUUGAGCAGGAGAUGCAAACGGCAGCUUCCUCUUCCUCUCUGGAGAAGAGCUACGAGCUUCCUGACGGACAGGUCAUCACCAUCGGCAACGAGAGGUUCCGCUGCCCUGAGGCACUCUUCCAGCCUUCAUUCCUUGGUAUGGAGUCCGCUGGCAUCCAUGAGACGACCUACAACAGCAUCAUGAAGUGCGACGUGGACAUCCGAAAGGACCUGUACGCCAACACUGUGCUGUCUGGUGGCACCACCAUGUACCCCGGCAUCGCUGACCGCAUGCAGAAGGAGAUCACCGCCCUCGCCCCACCCACCAUGAAAAUCAAGAUCAUCGCUCCCCCAGAGAGGAAGUACUCCGUCUGGAUCGGCGGCUCCAUCCUGGCCUCCCUCUCCACCUUCCAGCAGAUGUGGAUCAGCAAGCAGGAGUAUGACGAAUCCGGCCCCUCCAUCGUCCACCGCAAGUGCUUCUAGAAAGCUCCUCCUCCUCCUCCUCUGCCCCAGCUGAUCCAUCCAACUAGAACAGUCUCUGGUUUAUUUUGCAUGAACGGACUAAAAGAUGAACAACACACAAGAUGAAUCGAGCGACUGUUUAGAUUUAAAUGUCUCAGCUCGGCAGAUCCACAGCAACUCUCUGAACCUCCUCCAAACACAUGUUCCUCUGACUCUGCUCACAGCUUUCUCUCCUUUUGGUGAUUAACUACUGAUAGUCAAAGAAAACAAACAGUAUUAUUACUGAGCAUCUUUUUCUACCUCUGUAAGAGUCGAGCUGUAUCAAUCCUCCACAGGAGUGUUUACUUAUCAAUAAAGUGCCAACAUCUGAUGUUUA